CACGCUCAAUCAACAAGUCUUCCUGCCGAGGCGCGGCGGGCGGCAGGUGGUUGGCUGGCGAUCGGCAGGACUCGCGUCCUUUCCAAACAUGUCCAUCGCGGUCAAACUCAAACAGUUCCAGGUGGCCAGGACCAAGGGCGAGAAACUGGCCAAAAUCGAGUUCAGGGGUGUCUCCCAUUUGACGAAAAUUCUCGAAGAUAACGGAACUGAGCUCAUAAUAGUCGAUCAGAGAUUUGAUUGGCCGAUAGCUAGACCAGUAGACGAUGCCGAAACAAUUACCAUCGAACUCUAUUCAAGAAAUCGCCUGUUUGCAGACAAACUUAUCGGAUCUUACAAGUUGCUCUUGCAGAAAGUUGUUCAAGAUGGCAGGUUAUGCGUCUGUGAUAGUCUGGUGGAUAGCAAUAAUAAAACUAUAGAGGGUACGGUAGAAUUCACGGUGCUUUACUCACUUCCCGACGCAUCUCUGGCAUCCUUCGCCGGGAGUUCCGCUUACGAUCUGCUCGAAGACGAUCAACAGGUGCUGAUAGACAUCGAACAGAACAUCGCCAAUAUCGAGCGGAACCUCUUAUCCGAACAGCUGCUCGCGGAAAAGGCGGUUAUGACGUCGUCGGAAAGACGGUUUACCCUGAGAAGGGGCACGACGAUCGCCACGCCGGAUAAAGUUGUCACCGAGAGGAAAAGAUCCACGCUUAAAAGUGUCAAGAGUUUAAUUAAAUUCGGUAAACAGAGGCCUCCCAAAGGGAGCGAUACAGAAGAUGAAACGGCAUCGUUGAUUAGAGCAGCGGAGUCCGGUAGAAGUUCGAGAAAUUCCGAUGUCGAUUCGGCUCCGAUGUCGAGAGCGGGCAGUGACGUUUCGUUGGACUCAAAUGGAGAAAAUCAGUUAAUGAUGCUGGAAAAAAAGCGUAACUCCAGAUUAAAGGAGUUGAAGAGCAACCAGUCGGCAGCCGAUUCCGCAUUGAAGGCACAAGACUUUCAAGUGUGCUUGACGAUAAUUGAAGCCCGUCAGCUGGCAGGACUCAAUAUGGAUCCGGUUGUUUGUAUUCAAGUGGGCGAUCAAAGGAAGUAUACCAGCGUAAAAGAGAGCACAAACUGUCCUUAUUAUAAUGAGUAUUUUGUAUUCGACUUCCACAUGCCCCCUAUCAUGCUCUUUGACAAAAUCAUCCAACUAUCGGUACUGCAGUCACGCAACUUUCUGCGCGGUAACAAAAUGCUGGGGAGCUUUAAGCUAGACGUGGCAACGGUGUGGGCUCAGCCAGAUCAUCAAUUUUAUCACAAGUGGGCGCUGCUCACCGAUCCGGAUGAUAUAGCCGGCGGCCCUAAGGGAUAUUUAAAGUGCGACAUUAGCGUGAUAGGGAAAGGGGACACGGUGAAGGUGCCUCCUAAGAGUGAGAAAGACGAAGAUGAUAUAGAAGCGAAUCUUUUAUUACCCGACGGAGUACCGACCGACAGGCAGAGAGCUCACUUCAUCGUGAAAAUUUAUCGAGCAGACGGACUGCCCAAGAUGAAUUCCUCGCUAAUGGCCAACGUGAAAAAGGCUUUCACCGGCGAAUUAAACGACCUGGUCGAUCCUUACGUUCAAGUGUCGUUUGCAGGCCUUACGGGCAAAACUAGCGUCAAAAAGCACAGCUACGCACCCAUCUGGAACGAACAGCUGGUUUUUACCGAAAUGUUUCCGCCGCUGUGUCAGAGGAUCAAGAUUCAGCUGAGGGACGACGAUCCCGUGAAGCCCACGGUGAUCGGUACGCACUUCGUGGAUCUGAAGACCAUCUCGAACGAUGGAGAGAAGGGCUUUUUGCCGACCUUCGGGCCCUGUUUCGUUCACCUCUAUGGCUCGACAAGGGACUACACCCUUAUCGACGAACAUUCCAGCUUAAACACCGGCUUGGGCGAAGGUGUAUCAUAUAGAGCAAGAUUACUCAUAUCAAUUAGAACCGAAAUCACUGACAACAUCGAUCUGUCUCCUGCUGCUGUCGAACUAGAACCGACCGUACCAGUUAACGAAGCUUCCUACGCUAAAAACGAAGAGUUUUUCUUGUUCACCACCAUUUUAGAUGCGUCGAUGAUCGAUAAAAAACUGGGAGACAAACCUGUUUAUUUUGAAGUCAGCAUUGGCAAUGCUGGAAAUGCUAUUGACGGACACAACACAUCAGCAAAAGAGCAUUAUGACUCAGAUAGCGACGAACUAGAAACAGUAACUUCGGAGACCGCUUCCUGGCAAAGUACCACUACACCAAGUAAGCCAAUGACUCAUGACAAAAUUUACUACUUUCUGCCGUAUUGGGAUAAUAAACCUUGUAUGCAUAUCAGAUCCAUUUGGCCAGAUUACAGAAGAAGAAUGUACAAUUCUAAUAUCAUAGGAAGAAUAUCAGAAAAACUGGAAGAUGGUUUAGAAGAAGUGAAUGCUAGAAUGGAAUCAGACGACCCUGAAGCCGAGGGUAAAUUAAAACAAAUUCUAGAAGACUUAUCUGCUGCCUGUGCAAAAUACGUCACCAUUUCCAAAGCGUCCGGAACCGGUCCUGGAACUGGGAAGACUAAACUGGAUAAGGAGCGGUUAAAAUUGUGCCAGCGAGAACUGGAACACAUUGGGAAUUCGGCGAGGAAUCUGAAGGCGCUGGUUACCAAGAACUCGUUUAAGGACCGCCUGAAAACUGCACAGACGUACUUAGCCAAGCUCAAGUUUCUAACGGAAGACCCUCAGCAUGCACUCCCCGAUGUCUUCCUUUGGAUAAUAUGUGGUGGGAAAAGACAGGCUUACCAACGAAUUCCAGCCAGGGACAUUAUUUACUCAAUCGUAGAUGAGGAGAGUGGCAAGGAUUGUGGACGAGUACAGACAAUGUUUUUAAAGCUACCAGGUAAAAAAGGGACUGGACCAAGCGGCUGGACCAUACCAGCUAAAUUACAGAUUUACGUCUGGCUGGGUAUGCUGAAACACAAAAAACAUUUUAUAACUGGCAUUCCCAAAGGAUACGAAAUAUCACAAGAAAUCAGAAAUGUAGAAAGACCCAGAGCUUUGCCACCUUCUGUCAUCCACUACGUCGAUAAACACGUUUUUCAACUUAGAGCUCACAUCUACCAAGCCAGAUCACUAAUAGGAAGUGAUGCUUCAGGUCUCUCUGAUCCAUUCGCUAGGAUCAUUGCAGGGGAAUUUUGUAAAACAACUCAAGUAAUAGACGAAACUCUGAGCCCAACCUGGGACGAAUUGCUAGUAUUUGAAGAAGUUCUCCUUUUUGGUUCCUCAGAAGAAAUUAAAAAAGACCCUCUAUCGAUAAUUAUUGAAAUCUUUGACCAGGAUAAGGUUGGCAAGUCUGAAUUUAUUGGAAGGGCUAUGGCGAAACCUCACGUAAAAUUAAGGGAGGAGCCUUAUAAUAAACCAAAAUAUCCACCUUCUUUGGAAUGGUUUACUAUCACAAGGGGAGUUGAUCAUGCUGGAGAACUUUUGGCUGUAUUCGAGUUGCUGGAGAUACCCAGUGGCACAGAAGGAUCUUUACCAAAUCUUCCUCAAGCCAAAGAUAUACCAAUAUAUAAGGAUACAGAUACGAAGGAUUUAGGCCCUUUGUUGCCCGUUCCCAGAGGAAUAAGGCCGACCUUAGCCCGCUACCGCAUCGAGGUGUUAUUUUGGGGCUUAAGGGACCUAAAGAGAAUCCAUUUGCUAACCGUAGACAAGCCCAGGGUGGAUAUUGAAUGUGCGGGGCAUAUCCUGUAUUCCAGCAUCAUUUCUAAUUCAAGGAAAAAUCCAAAUUUCUCAACUCCAGUCAAGUUCUUAGAAUUGGAUCUACCCGAACAAGAACUCUACCGACCUCCCUUAACAAUCAGAGCUGUAGAUUGUAGAAGUUUCGGAAGGUAUACACUGGUUGGUACCCAUACAAUAAACUCCAUUCAUAAGUACAUGUACACACCAACGACCAAAAAAGACAGAGAAGCAGAGGAAAGAAAAAAAUCUCUAAACCAACUGAAAACCAUGGACGGAGGUUUAGUUAUGAAUCAGGUACCAUCGUCAGGAACAUCACACCACUCUGGUACUAGUGAGAAAGAAAAAAGUCCUCUUCUACCCAAAGAUGUGUUUGUAAUGAUUGGUUAUGGAACUCAAGAUAACGCGAGAAAAACAAAAACCGACAUAAACAAGAAGCGAAAACACAGUGUUGAUGAUGAUUUCGAUGACGAAGAAGGCAGUAAAGAUUGGUGGACAAAAUACUUUGCUUCGGUAGAGCGAAUGAUAAGUGAAUCCAAAGAAGCCAAGAAAGGAACGACAAAUAAUGGUAACUUAAAAGUAUAUUCUGGAGAUGAAGAUAGCAAUCCACAAUCCGGUUACAGUUCAGAUAAAAGUCCUGGUCAAGAAUAUAAGAAACGUUUUGGGUUUAAAACAGCGGCAACAGCUUCAAGAUUAGCAGCCAGAAUUAGUCCUAAAAGUGUUCGAAAAAGAACUAAGUAUAAGCCUGUACUCUGUAGGGUGUAUCCUACUGAGUUAGAAGCACUUCCAGAAUUUGAAGAAUUCAAAGAAUGGUUGCACACAUUCGAAUUGUAUAGAGGCAAAAAGACUGGAGAAGAUUCUGAUGACGAAAGCAGAGUCGUAGGACAUUUUAAAGGAGCAAUAAAAGUGUACAAAUGGCCUCUACCAAAAGACAUUGAGGACAAGACAAUCAUGGGCUUUGAUCCACAGUUUGGAUUCUUUCAAGGCAUUCCUUCCAACGAUCCUAUCAGAGUUCUGGUGCGAGUUUAUAUUGUAAAGGCAAACGAUUUACAUCCUAUGGAUUUAAAUGGAAAAGCCGACCCAUAUGUUGUGUUGCAACUAGGUUCGAAAAGAAUAAGUGACAAAGAAAACUACAUAUCUAAACAACUAAAUCCAGUGUUUGGAAAGUGUUUCGAAAUCGAAGCUACAUUUCCUCAGGAUUCUUUAUUAACAGUGCAAAUUUUUGAUUGGGACUUGGUAGGAUCGGACGAUAUGGUUGGCGAGACAAAAAUUGACUUGGAAAAUAGGUUUUACAGUAAACAUAGAGCAACGUGUGGCCUUCCAGAGAAGUUUGAGGAGCAUGGAUACAAUGCUUGGAGGGACGCCAUGAAACCUACACAAAUUUUAGCGAAACUUUGUAAAGACGCUAAAAUCGAAACCCCUGUAUAUAGUGACGGUCAAGUCAAAGUUGGAAGUCAGUUCUUCACCAUUCAAACGGAAGACAUGGAGUUUUACAAGUUUAGAGAGGCAGAAGAACACAUGGCUUUAGCCGUCAUACACCGAUGGCACGAGAUACCUAAAGUCGGAUGUCAUCUAGUACCGGAACAUGUUGAAACGAGACCGCUGUAUAACCCAGAUAAACCUGGGAUUGAACAAGGAAAACUGGAAAUGUGGGUGGAUAUGUUUCCUAUGGACAUGCCUCUGCCAGGUCCGCCUUUGGAUAUAUCACCGAGAAAACCCAAAAGUUAUGAACUGAGGGUAAUCAUAUGGAACACUGACGAAGUAGUGUUGGAAGAUGAUGCUUUUUUCACUGGUGAAAAAAUGUCAGAUAUUUACGUUAAAGGGUGGCUCAAAGGUCCAGAAGACUGUCAAGCUACGGACAUUCAUUACAGAUCUCUUACGGGGGAGGGAAAUUUUAACUGGAGGUAUAUUUUCCCGUUUGAGUACUUAGUAGCUGAACAAAAAAUUGUGAUAUCGCGCAAAGAGUCGCUAUUCUCCUGGGACGAAACUGAAUGUAAAAUACCCGCUCGAUUGGAACUGCAAGUGUGGGACGCUGACCAUUUCUCAGCUGAUGAUUUCUUAGGGGCAGUAACACUAGAUCUUAACAGAUUUCCACGUGGAGCAAAAUCAUCAAAACUUUGUGCGUUAGAUAUGUUGAAAUCGGACGAAUCAGUACCUGUAGUGAAUAUUUUUAAACAAAAACGAGUAAAAGGUUGGUGGCCAUUUUAUGUGAAAAAAGACAAUGAAGAAAUGGAACUAACCGGCAAAGUCGAAGCAGAGAUUCAUUUGUUAACCAAAGAAGAAGCGGAGAAAGUACCAGUAGGGUUGGGAAGAAACGAACCUGACCCUUUGGAAAAACCCAAUCGACCUGAUUCAUCCUUUAUGUGGUUCAUGAACCCCAUCAAAUCAAUUCGAUACAUCUUGUGGCAUAACUACAAAUGGACAAUUCUAAAACUGCUCAUAAUACUCGGCGUAGCAAUAAUCAUUUUAUUGUUUUUCUAUUCUAUUCCCGGCUACACCGUCAAGAAGAUGCUGGGAGCUUAAACUAUAUAUCAAAUAUCAAUCAUCUCAAUUUUUUCAUAGAUUGAAUAACCAUUAUUUCCAUAUUUUAUUAAUAACACAUUUUCAGCUCAAUAAGAAUAAACUGUAUGGCAAGUACAAUUUAAAUAAGAAUGCAUAUAUUUAUGGAAUAGUGAAUAUCGUGUGAUUUUCAUGAAAAUUUAAUUAUUUUCUGUAAAUAUAAACUUUGGCCUUAAUUAUAUUAAAGUUUUUCCUAUAUAGAUUGCCCACAACUAUUGUGUAUAUUCGAGUAAUUCUAAUGUUUGAAGACUUCUUAUGAAAUUA